AUGAUAAAUAAAAACCCAUAUAAUAGUGAACAGAAAAAUGAUAUAAGUGAUAAACUUAAUUAUAAAAAUAUAAAUGAUGUAAGUAUACAUGAAUUAAAUUGUUUGAAAAAUAAUCGAGCUGUAUAUUUGAAAAGAGGAAAUAUGUUUUUUAUAAGUUCCAAAGAGGAAGCAUUAGAAGUAUUAAAAAAUAAAAGUACACAAAUGAAAUAA